GACUGCAUGUCGAACUACAGUAGUUUACUUUCAAGCCGCAACUAUCGAAAGCUACCUGGAGAAGAGAGAGUUGACCAUAGUUUGGCCACUCAUGUAACCUACGGUGGUCUUAACCUCUCUGGAGUUGUUGAGCUUACGAAUUAUAGAAUAGUGUUUAUUGCUCUAGCAAGCGAAACAGCCCCUGUUCGUCCCCAACAUGCUUUUCCUGGGUCUGAAACAAAGCGAUAUAUUCUGAAGCUUCCAUUGGGAACCAUUCGGAAUGUUGAACAAAAGUCUUAUCAGGGAAAUGUGUCACUUCAUGUUGGAUGCAAAGAUCUGCGAGAGAUAGUGUUCAACCUAGCGGACUAUGGACGAGCAACUGGAUUUUGUGAAAAUCUGAAAGCAUAUGCAUUUCCCGCUACUUCUAAAAAACCUCUGUUCGCAUACUUAUAUGGUGCAAAGUGUUUAGAGAAUAACGUUUUCGCAGUAGACGGUUGGGAUGUGUAUAAUCCAGAAGAGGAAUACCAUCGUCAGAAUAUCUUUACUAAUGGAUGGAGGAUUACAAAAAUUAACACGGACUACAGGUUGUGUGAUACGUAUCCAGCUCUUCUUGCCGUCCCCUGGGAAGUAACAGAUGAAUUGCUAGUAGCAUGUGCACCGCAUCGCAGUCGUGGUCGUAUACCAGUUUUAAGUUGGUUACAUCCUGAAAGCAAAGCAAGCCUAACUAGAGCAAGUCAACCUCUUGUAGGUGUCCAAGGUCGCCGCAGUUCUGAUGAUAAAGAACUAGUUCGUCAACUUAGAAUAGCUAAUGCAAAUGCCAAUCAUCUUCUUAUCUUCGACGCCCGUCCUCAGGUUAAUGCGAUAGCAAAUAUUGGUGUCGGUGGAGGUAUCGAGAAUCCAUCCUAUUAUGAAAAUGUGCAAUACAUGUUCCUCAAUAUACAGAAUAUACAUGCUAUGCGUGCUGCAUUAACCAAAGUUUUUGAAGCAUGCUUCCCUCUACCAGAUGAUACACGAUGGUUGAAACAAUUAGCAGAUUCUAAAUGGCUUUAUCACAUCAAACAAAUUAUUUUUGCUGCAACCAGUGUAGCCGACAAGAUUGAAAACCAUAAGACCUCGGUGCUGAUUCACUGUUCAGAUGGCUGGGAUCGAACAGCUCAGGUUACCUCUUUGGCGAUGUUGAUGCUCGAUCCAUACUACCGCACAAUACGUGGGUUUGAAGUUUUAAUUGAGAAAGAAUGGUGUUCAUUUGGCCAUAAAUUUGCACAGCGUACUGGCGGACCUGCGGAUGGUGGAAUCUAUUUGCCUCCUAACAUACCUACUCCUGUUACUAAUGAUUCUACUCCCACACGACCAUCCAAUCCUGAAGAGCGCUCUCCAGUGUUCCUACAAUUUAUUGACUGUGUAUGGCAAACAAUGCAGCAGUUCCCUCAUUCAUUUGAGUUUAAUGAACGAUUCCUCAUAACUAUAAUGGAUGAGCUGUAUGCUGCACGAUUUGGGACGUUUCUCUUUAACUCUGAAAUGCAAGGUCGAGAUCAUGGUGUACGUGAAAGAACCAUAUCUUUGUGGGCAUAUAUCAACUCUGACAUACCGUCAUAUCAAAAUCCAUUAUACACUCCCGCUGAAAUCAGUGGGCAUCGUGUAAUUUUCCCGCAACACGCUUUAGCUCAACUUCAAUUUUGGACAAGUUAUUACAUACGAUGGCAUCCACUAAUGCGUUUACAAGAGCCUAUAGCGCGUCGAGAAAGAGACUUGAUAAUGAUAAUGAAACGUUUCAGAGAACUUACAGCUGCUACACAGCGCGAAAGCAUUAAACCCAAUCUAAAUACUGCCAAAUCUGAUAACCUUACGCUCGGCAGAACACGUUCAACUAGUUCAAAAUUGUAAUUUUGCAUACAUUGAAGUUAUGUACGGAUUCAUGAACAAAUACGCUUAAUGCUAAGCCGAACAAAAAAAAAUAAUUUAGACAAAAAC